AUGUCUUCACUUGAAAAGCAAAAUAAAUUACAACGACAAAAACGAUUGUUAAGUUUCUUAUUAUCAAAAGAUGUACCUCAUAUACCUUUAGAAGAUGAAAGAAAUCCUUAUCCUCCAUCAUCAAAUGGUGGUAUAAUAUCACAAAUGUUCUUUUGGUGGUUAUUUCCAGUAAUGAAAGUUGGUUAUAAAAGAACUUUACAACCACCUGAUUUAUUUUAUUUAACUGAUGAUAUUAAAGUUGAAAAUAUGGCAAAUUCAUUUUAUAAUUAUAUGACUAAAGAUAUUGAAUUAGCAAAACAAAAACAUUUACAAUUAAAAUGUCAAGAAAGAGGUGAAACAAUUGAAAAUUCAACUAUUGAUCCUGAAAUUGAUUUAAAAGAUUUUAAAUUAAAUAAAUUCUUAACGGUUUGGGCUUUAGCUAAAACUUUUAAAUGGCAAUAUUUAUCAGCUUGUCUUUUUUUAGCUUUAAGUGCAAUUGCUCAAACUACUUUGCCAUUAUUGACUAAGAAAUUAAUUCAGUAUGUUGAAUUGAAAACUUUAGGUAUUGAAACUGGUAUUGGGAAAGGUUUAGGUUAUUCAUUUGGUGCAUCUGCUAUUAUAUUUAUUAUUGGUGUAUUUAUUAAUCAUUUCUUUUACCGUUCAAUGUUAACUGGUGCUCAAGCAAAAGCUGUUUUAACUAAAGCUUUAUUAGAUAAGUCUUUUAAAUUAAAUGCUGAAGCAAGACAUAAAUAUCCGGUUGGGAAAAUUACUUCAAUGUUAGGUACUGAUUUAUCUCGUAUUGAUUUUGCCCUUGGUUUUCAACCAUUUUUAAUUGUUUUCCCACUCCCAAUUGGUAUUGCUAUUGGUAUCUUAAUCUAUAACAUUGGUGUAUCCGCAUUGGUUGGGGUUGGUAUCUUAUUUGCAUUUAUGUUUGGUAUUGGCGUUUCAACCAAGAAAUUAUUUGCUUAUAGAAAAACCGCAAAUGUUUUCACUGAUUCUCGGGUUGAUUAUAUUAAAGAAGCACUUAAUAAUUUAAAAAUGAUCAAAUUUUAUUCUUGGGAACCUCCUUAUCAUGAAAAUAUUACUAAAAUCCGUCAAUCAGAAAUGAAAAUCAUUUAUAGAAUGCAAGUUUUACGUAAUAUUGUUACAUCCUUUGCAUUUUCCUUAACAUUAUUUGCUUCAAUGACAGCUUUUUUGGUUCUUUAUGCAAUUGCUGCUAAUAGAAAAGAUCCUGCAUCCAUCUUUUCUUCAUUAUCGUUAUAUAAUAUAUUGACUCAACAAGUCUUUUUAGUUCCAAUGGCUUUAGCAAGUGGUGCUGAUGCUUUUAUGGGUAUUUCUCGUGUUGGUGAAUUUAUGGCCCAAGGGGAAAUUGAUCCUGAAGAAUUUUCAAUUGAAGCUAAUCCAGAAAAGAAAUUAUUAAUGGAUAAAGAUGAUAUUGCAAUUGAAUUGAAUGAAGCUAGUUUUGAAUGGGAAAUCUUCAAUGAUGAUGAAGAAGAAGAAGAAGCGGAAGAGCAAAGUUCUGAAAAGAAAGAUAAAUCAACCGUUGUCCACAAAUCAGUCACCGAAAUUAAUAGUAUCAAUGAAAAAGACUUUCAUAAGGGUACAGAUGAUGAUGAAGAAAUGAGAGUCAACUUUGCUGGUUUAAAUGAUAUCUCUUUCCAAGUCAAAAGAGGUGAAUUUGUUGUCAUUACUGGUUUAAUUGGUUCUGGUAAAACUUCAUUAUUAAAUGCUUUAUCGGGUUUUAUGAAACAUACUACUGGUACAAUUGAUGUCAAUGGUUCCUUAUUACUUUGUGGAUAUCCUUGGGUUCAAAAUGAUACUGUUAAAGAUAACAUUCUUUUUGGUGAAGAAUUUGAUCAAGCCAAAUAUAAUCGUGUUAUUUAUUCAUGUUCUUUAGAAGCUGAUUUAGAAAUUUUACCAGCUGGUGAUCGUACUGAAAUUGGUGAAAGAGGUAUUACUUUAUCUGGAGGUCAAAAAGCUCGUAUCAAUCUUGCUAGAGCUGUAUAUGCUGAUCGUGAUAUCAUAUUAUUAGAUGAUGUUUUGAGUGCAGUUGAUGCAAGAGUCGGGAAACAUAUCAUGCAGAAUUGUUUAUUGGAUUUAUUAAAGGAUAAAACUAGAAUUUUGGCUACCCAUCAAUUAUCUCUUAUUGGAUCUGCUGAUAAAGUCAUAUUUUUAAAUGGUGAUGGUUCUGUUGAUGUGGGUACUUUUGAUGAAUUAAGAGCAAGAAAUGCUGGUUUUGAAAGUUUAAUGAAAUUCAAUAGUGAAGUCACCGAUGACGAUGAUGAUGAUGAUGACGUAGAUGACAAAGAUGAAGCUGGUUCCUCUAGUUCCUCAAUAAGUUCAUCUGCUGAUGAUUAUUUACAUGAAGAAAAAGAAAUGAUCCGUCGUCAAUUAACUACUAAAUCUCAAAUUGAUGAAGAAGCUAUCCGUCAUGAAUUCAAUCAAGAUGAUGCUAUUGAUGGUAAAUUGAUAGAUGAAGAAGAAAGAGCUGUUAAUGCAAUUGGUUGGAGUGUUUAUAGCAAAUACAUCGAAUUAGGUUCAGGAAUAUUCGGCCCUACGGUUUUUACACCAAUGUUGGUUAUUUUAAUGAUGUUGGCAACAUUCUGUCAAAUUUUCACAAAUACUUGGUUAUCAUUCUGGACUGAAAAGAGAUUUGAUCAACCUGAUUCACUCUAUAUUGGAGUUUAUAUCAUGUUUACAUUUUUGUCAUUUAUCUUUUUAACUUUGGAAUUCAUUGCAUUGGUCUAUUUAACAAAUACUGCUUCUGUUUUAUUGAAUAUUUUGGCGGUUAAGAAGGUUUUACAUGCUCCAAUGAGUUUUAUGGAUACUACACCUAUGGGAAGAAUUCUUAAUCGUUUCACAAAAGAUACAGAUGUAUUGGAUAAUGAAAUUGGUGAUCAAUUGAGAUUUUUCUUGUUUACAUUGGCAAAUAUUAUUGGGGUUUUAAUCUUGUGUAUUGUUUAUUUACCUUAUUUUGCAAUUGCUAUUCCAUUUUUAGGAUUUUUGUUUGUUUCGAUUGCUAAUUAUUAUCAAGCUUCAGCUCGUGAAAUUAAAAGAUUGGAAGCAAUCCAAAGAUCAUUUGUUUAUAAUAAUUUCAAUGAAACUUUAAGUGGUAUGCCUACUAUUAAAGCCUAUAAUGCAAUUGAACGAUUUAUUGCUAAGAAUAAUUAUUUGAUUGAUAAGAUGAAUGAAGCUUAUUAUUUGACUAUUGCCAAUCAAAGAUGGUUAGCUAUUCAUAUGGAUAUGGUUGCUGUUUUAUUUGCAUUAUUAAUUGCUUUAUUAUGUGUCAAUCGUAUUUUCAAUAUUAGUGCAGCUUCUGUUGGUCUUAUAGUUGCCUAUGUUUUCCAAAUUGCUGGUCAAUUGUCUAUGUUGAUUAGAACUUUUACCCAGGUGGAAAAUGAAAUGAAUUCAGUUGAAAGAUUAAAUUCUUAUGCUACUGCUUUACCAGAAGAAGCUCCAUAUAUUAUUACUGAAACUACACCAGCUCCAACUUGGCCCGCACAUGGUUCGAUUGAAUUCAAGGAUGCUAGUUUGGCUUAUAGACCUGGAUUACCAUUAGUUUUGAAAAAUUUGAAUUUUAAGAUUAAUCCAAUGGAAAAGAUUGGUAUUUGUGGUAGAACAGGUGCUGGUAAAUCAUCAAUCAUGACUGCAUUAUAUCGAUUAUCCGAAUUAGAAACAGGCUCGAUUAUUAUUGAUGAUUUGGAUAUUGGUAGGUUAGGAUUACGUGAUUUAAGAUCAAAAUUAUCAAUUAUUCCCCAAGAUCCGGUACUUUUCCGAGGAACAAUUAGAAAGAAUUUAGAUCCAUUCAAUGAACAUAGUGAUGAUAAAUUAUGGGAUGCAUUACGUCGUACUGGUCUUAUUGAAGAAAAACAAUUGGAACAAAUUAAACGUUAUCAAAAGAAUUAUUCAUCAUCAACUACAGAAUUAUCAUCAUCAAUGCAUAAAUUCCAUUUAGAUCAAAAUGUUGAAGAUGAAGGAACAAAUUUCUCACUUGGUGAAAGACAAUUAAUUGCAUUUGCAAGAGCAUUAGUUCGUGAAUCCAAAAUUUUAAUUCUUGAUGAAGCUACUAGUUCAGUUGAUUAUGAAACUGAUUCAAAGAUUCAACAUACUAUUAUUAAAGAAUUUAAGAAUUGUACAAUUUUAUGUAUUGCUCAUAGAUUAAAAACAAUUAUUAAUUAUGAUAGGAUUUUGGUAUUAGAUAAAGGUGAGAUUAAAGAAUUUGAUACCCCAUGGAAUUUAUUUAAUUUACAUGAUGGUAUUUUCCAACAAAUGUGUCAAAGAUCAAAUAUUACUGCUCAAGAUUUUGAAAACAUUUCUGAAUUUUGA